AUGACUGUAACAGAGGAAAGAAAAGCCUUUUCUCAUGGUUAUGAAAAGGAAAACAAACAGCUUAGAGAUGAGUUUAAAGAGCUCCAACUCAAACAAGAAGUGCAAAUAAAGGAGAUUGAAGCAAUGUUGUAUCGAGAAGGCUUGUCUGAUAUAGCUCUAAGCAGCCCCAGUGAACAGAUUGCAUACUUACUCGUGGAAAGAAGUGCACUCUUGAGGAAACUGGAACUUGGGGACCCCAAGCCAGAGUCACAAAGAUGUAUGAGCAGUAACCUACAGAAAGAAUUUCCCCAGGGGAAAUUUGAACAAAUCCACCAGCCACUGCAAAGAGAACAUCAGAAACAUCAAGAACCUGUGCAUCAGUCUAAAAAAAAUCUGAGUGAGUCCCAUAAUGAAGACCUGGAAAAAGAUGAGGUAUCACAGAACUGCCUAGAGAGAGAUGUGGAACAGGUAGCACAGAGGUUAGAAAUGGCCCGUGAAGAGAUCCAAAGGCUCACUGACGCGCUAGAAGGGAAGGAGAAAGAACAGAGUAAACUGGCGAUUCCACUUCGAACUAUCUACCCAGGAGAAAUGAAAAUGCCUGUCCACACGAAGACUUGUAUGUGA